CUUCCUCCCCCACCCCCGCCACGCGAGGCUGCGGCGCACGGUAUGGGUGUGUUUGUGUGUGUUUGUGUGGGGAGGGCGUUUGGAGGGAAGGUUACCGGGAGCUCCGCGGCCGCGGGGGGGCAGGGGUCCCGGUGACGAAGAUGGGGGUAUUUUCUCUGUCUUCCACUUGGAAGCCUCAACCCCCCCUUCAGCCACUCUAGAUACAUCUUGGGGCCCAGUCGAGGGUCGUACCCGUCCGAAGUGUCCCCAUCCUUUUUGGGGAGCGAAACCCAACCCCCGGGUCCAUCCCAGAGGAGCGUGAGCGGGGAAUGCCCCAGCCAACCAGGCCGUCCGGAUUCCGCGGCGCCGGAGCAGCCUCCGGCCUCAGUCCGGAGAGAUAUUUGCAUGUCAGCCUGGGCUGGGGGAAAGGCGGCCGUGGCCUGGGCCACGGGUGAGGGCGGAAUAACCGGUGGGAAGGCUGCAUUUUCACGAAGGACUCGGGUGAAGCUGCAGAGCUGCCUUUGCUUGGCUUCUGGGUCGGAGGAGAUCUUGUAAUGGAGUGGUUCUUCGUCUCACACUAACAAGAUGCCUGAUUUCCUCAGGAUCGAGGGAUUGAAGAAUGUCCCGAGUUCCCUUGGGGAAAGUCCUCCUGAGGAACGUCAUCCGGCACACAGAUGCUCACAAUAAGAUUCAAGAGGAAUCAGAUAUGUGGAAAAUAAGAGAGCUGGAGAAACAGAUGGAAGAUGCGUACCGGGGGACGAAAAGGAAAAUGUUACCCAGCAGUUCAAGCCGGAUGCGUAGUGAUGGUUUUGAUGAAGAAAGUCAAAGAGACUAUUGGAGGCCAAAGAAUGAAAUUUCUGGGGCACUGGAUGAUGAUUUUCUUAAGGCUAAAUCCUGGAACAAGAAGUUACAUGAUUAUGAAGCUAACAUGCCAGACAGAUGGGGUCACAGUGGAUAUAAAGAGUUAUACCCUGAAGAAUUUGAAACAGACAGUAGUGAUCAGCAAGAUAUUACCAAUGGGAAGAAAACAUCUCCCCAGGUAAAAUCAUCUACCCAUGAAUCUCACAAACACAAGAAGUCAAAGAAAUCCCACAAAAAAAAGCAGAAAAAAAAGUCACACAAAAAACAGAAGAAAAGCAAAAAGGAAGCCACAGAUAUAACAGCAGAUUCCUCAAGUGAGUUCUCAGAAGAAACUGGGGCUUCUAGUACCAGGAAAAGGAAACAACCACAUAAGCGCAAGAAAAAAUCCAGGAAAAAAACUCUCAAGAAAUCUGCUUUAUUCCUAGAGGCAGGGUGUGACACUUCCCAGUCAGAUGAUUCUGCAUCUAGCAGUUCUGAGGAAAGUGAGGAGAGAGACACUAAGAAAACCAAAAGGAAAAAGAGAGAUAAAAAAGCCCACAUCCCUGUAGUUAACAAUGAAAUACAGGAGAGGACAAACAAACGCACAAAUUGGAAAGUGGCUACAGAUGAAAGGUCUGCCGAGAGUUCAGAGGAUGACUAAAUGACAAAGAAACAUGUUUCCUGCAUGACUCUAGAUAUUUACAGCUCUUACACCUUGGGGAUUUGCCAGUGACUCUAUUGCUCAGCACAGGGGGCCUGAGGUCAGAGCUGUCCUGUGCCAUCUAUAUAAAUUCUGACAGACUUCUUGUCUCCUAUUUUGGCCUGUUAAACUUGAUCCUCUUAUUGUUAAUAGGGAAUCGGUUAUUUUGUUAUGAAGGUUUCUUGAAGAGA